AACCAAAAGAAAGAGACAACAAUUUAUAGUUUCCUGUUUCUUCGUCUCAGUAUGACUUUUGUGCGUGCUGGCUCCUAAAUCCUCUUAAUCUUCGACUUUGGUUCCAAGUUUUUAAAAACAAUUUUAUACCCUUUACCCUCUUUUCUCCCUCAAGACAGAUGGAUAGUGGUAAGAGCACGGAAGCAGGGCCCUCGACUGGCGGCGGCGGCGGCGAAGAGAAGCGGAGAGAAAUGGUUAAGAAACCAUUGGGUGAAGUGAGAGAUCGAGAAGAAGAAGAAGAGGAGGAGGAGGAGGAAGAUGAUGGAGAUAAGGAGGAGGGUGGUGUGGUUUCUGGUUUCGUUCCUGGGCCUCUUCUUUCCCUCAAGGAACAGAUUGAGAAAGACAAGGAUGAUGAGAGCUUAAGGAGGUGGAAAGAGAAGCUUCUUGGUUGUGUUGAAGGAGAUUUAAAUGGCCAAAUGGAACCUGAAGUCAAAUUCCACUCCAUUGGAAUUAUAGUCGAUGAUAUUGAGGAGAUGGAUACUCCAUUACCUCUUGAUGGAAAUCAGAGUGAUCGUGUCUUGUUCGUUCUCAAGGAGGGAUCUCGGUAUCAGCUUAAGUUAUCAUUCACCGUUUUGCACAAUAUUGUUUCUGGCUUAACCUACUCAAACAGAGUCUGGAAGGGGGGACUCCAAGUGGAUCAAAGCAAGGGAAUGCUGGGUACUUUUGCUCCUCAACGAGAGCCAUACGUGCAUACUUUGGAUGAGGAGAUAACUCCUUCUGGUAUGCUAGCUAGGGGAAUUUAUUCAGCAAAACUGAAGUUUGAAGAUGACGACCGCAGAUGCCAUAUGGAACUCAAAUACUCCUUUGAAAUAAAAAAGGGUAGCUAGUGUAGCCUAGUCUAGUCUGGUUUUUGCUGGAGGUUUGUACUUGUGUGUUUGUGUUCUGUUCCCCAAUUCUUUCUUCUGUUUGGGCUGCAUGAAUGAUUGUGAAGGGAAACCAUCUGUGGGAUAUUGGUUUGAGUGUAGAUUCCUGUUUUGACUCGUGUAUGUAACUUUCAUUUCAUGUUAUUUUCAUAAUUCGUUUAGGAAGGAAGUGAGAGCAGUCAAGUUAUUGACUUGCUUGAAUAGUUACAUGGUAGCUGUCCAUGAGGAAUGAUGAUGAAAUUUAUUCUGUCAAUCGAUAAUUUUGGAAUUUGUGCCGAAAA